GCAUCGAGUCGAUUUGCAGUUAAAGUUGAAAAUUACACACAAUACUGGUGGGAGAGUCAGGCGAAGGCUGGGAAGGGAAACAGAAACAGAAACCGAAAACUAAAACUUGUUGCUUGCCUCCGGCAACACUUUGCCAUCUUCAUUCACCAUCCACCAAACGAUGGAGCCAUUAAUGUCUUGGCACAUGUCACCAGCGAAUUUAUGCAUCGAAUGAAAUAGAGUUUGCAAUUCCAAUGGAACGGUUGACUGGUGUCCAUACAAUUGUUGCUUCAUACACAUUUUUUAAACAACGAAGACUCGGGCAGAAAUUGUUUUCAAAAAAGUUGAAAAAUAAAAGAAAACAUAUUUUUGAAGACUCAAAGUCGGUUCUACUUAUUCAAAGUGUGGGCUGCUUUGGGCGCAAAAAGAUUGCUGAACAGUGUAAGGCGAUAAGCAAGAAGCUGGGAAUUUCCGCGAAAUUUAAAUUUUCUGAUUUCUGUGCGCUUAGUGCUCGCCGUUAUUCGUAAGUGAGCUGACGUACUUGCUGCUGCAAUAAUGACUAAAAUAGCUGUAUUGUUGCUUGGUUUGUUACAACUGCAAUUCUCGAGUAGUUUGGAUCGUCAAAGUCGUGUUGACUUCGCCUUGAAUUUCUUCAAAACAAUCUCAACAUAUCAGCCAAAUGAGAAUAUCAUCGUAUCUCCCAUCGCGGUGCAAACCUGCUUAGCGAUGACGUAUGUAGGCUCUGAAAAUCAAACGGCAGCUGAAAUGCAACGCGUGCUCUCUCUGGAGCGAUUUGGCAGCAAAGUGGACGCAGCCGUCGAGUUUGGUGACUUCAUACAAAAUGCAGUUUUAGCUCGCCAAAGUAAACUGGAAAUGGCCAAUCGCAUUUAUAUAGAUCAGCGACUAAAUAUUGUACCCGAAUACUAUGAGUUAAUCAGCAAAUACUUUCGGUCUACAGCGGUAUUGGUAGAUUUCGCAAGGAAUGUGCAAACGGCGCAAAAGAUCAACGCGUGGGUGGAGUCCGCAACGCAUGGAAAGAUAAAAGGUUUAAUUGAUCCAUCCGCCUUGACCGCAGACACGGCUAUAGUACUGACGAAUGCAAUAUACUUCAAGGCGGAGUGGCUUUACCCAUUCGAUCCGUCAGCCACGGUUCCACGCGAUUUUAAUUUGAACUCGGCGCAGAAAGUAAAAGUGCCAAUGAUGUAUCGGACAGACGUGGACGUAAAAUAUGCUGAAGUGCCUGGCCUCAAUCUGGUUGCCGCGGAGCUGCCAUAUAAAGAUACAGCUCUCCGCAUGUUGAUACUGUUACCAAAUCAGUUAGAUGGUGGAGUUGCCAGAUUGGAGCAGACAUUUAGCGGGAACGCACUGCAGCAAGUGCAGCGUUUGUUGAGAGAAACCACUUUGGAUGUCGUGCUGCCAAAGUUUAAAAUUGAAUUCGAUUUAAGUUUAGUUGAGCCUUUGAAGACGAUGGGUAUGAAUUUGUUGUUUUCUAAUGCUGACCUCCCAAAUAUGGUAACGGGUGCCAAGGGCCCGCUUUAUGUCUCAGAGGUUAAGCAUAAGGCAUUUAUUUCUGUGGACGAAAAAGGUUCAGAGGCCUCAGGGGCCACAUACUCACAAAUACUAGAGAAGUCAGGGCGCUUCUUCCAGCCGAACUUGAGCAUCGAUCGGCCAUUCGUAUUCAUCAUAUUGGACGAUGAUGCGAUCUACUUUACUGGGCAUGUGCUGAAAUUGUAAGACGAAUGAUUUAUUGGCUUCUAAUCGCCGUUGUGGCGCCAACUGGAGUCGAGUGAUUGCUGUGGGCAAAUUUCAAAUUUAUAGUUAGAGCCAAAUGGCAUUAGCGGCACAAAUGUGGAAGAAAAGAAUCAUGAAAAUAAACAGUGUAGAAAAUGAGAACUCAGCAAA